AUGACGGACAAAACGGCAAAGUACAAGACAGAGAUCCAGCAGUUGUGGGAGAUUAUGAGGCUAUAUCGAGUCAUUGCUGGCGUUCUUCGUUUCUUUUCACAGAUGAUGUAUGUGUCUGGAGAGACAGCAGAAGCAUCAUCUGAGACCACUGGUAUGAUUGAAGAGAUAGUAAGGCAGCAAGUCAUCGAAAUGCUCCGCCAAUGCACUGAGCAGGCAUCCCGUCGCGGAAGUCGUUCGAUAUCGACAGACGACCUGAUUUUUCUUAUCCGACAUGACCAAGCUAAGGUCUCUCGUCUUCGAACCUUUCUCUCCUGGAAAGAUGUCCGCAAAAACGUCAAAGACUCUGACGAGAAGGGGGGCGACGCAGAUAUCGGGGCUGGUGACGAACCAGUAGGAGCAAAUGCCCCCAUUCCGGAUACCACCAAGAAGAAUAAGAAAGCCAAAGUCGGUCUUCCGUGGGAGGUACCCUCUUUAUACAGCCAAGAAGUUCCAGAACGCGAAGAUGAGGAGGACGAAGAUGAGGAAGAAAUGAAUUAUGCAACUUUACAACGUCUCAAGAAAGCCGACGAGCGCACCAAAGCCAUGACAAAAGAAGAAUACGUCACCUGGUCUGAGUACCGUCAAGCGUCCUUUACGUUCCGUAAAGGAAAGCGAUUCAAGGAAUGGGCUGGCUUUGGCGUCGUCACGGAUUCCAAACCCAACGACGAUAUCGUUGAUAUUCUCGGUUUCCUUACCUUUGAAAUCGUCCAGACCUUAACCGAAGAAGCAUUAAAAAUCAAGGAACAAGAAGAUUUAGGCAAGGAGAAAACCGGCGGCGAACAAAGAGGCAAGAAGAGAAAGGUACAAGGAUUGUUUGAUCCGCCCAGCGAGGGGAGGACUCCUGUCGAAACGAGACAUAUUCAAGAGGCGUUUAGGAGAUUACAACAGAGACCAACCAAACAGAGGGCGAUGUGCAAUUUUACCAGGGGUUUGAAUAGAACUCCUUUGAAGUUGUUUUGA